AUGCUUUCUAACCGUGGGAUAUGGGCGUCGGCUCGCCGUGGAGUUUCUCUGACGAGGUUUCUGCACGUCAAAACCGUCUCUACACCUAAUGAAAAUGCUCUAAAGUUCGUUUCAGUCGAUGGCGAACUCCUCCAAGACCGUGGUAAGCCCAGCGUGGAGAUCAAAAACACGGACGAAUCGCUCAUCAAGCAUUCGCCACUAGCACAGCGUAUUUUCACGCAGUGUUCGGGGGUCGAAUCGAUGAUGAUUGGUGACGAUUUCGUAACGAUUAAUAAAGACGAAAUGAUUCAUUGGACCCAGAUUACCGGCGAGAUGAUCGACCUCCUGACGCAAUAUUUGGCUUCCGGUAAAGAGGCAUUGACGUCCGAAUUCUUUAGUGUUCAGGAACAAGAUGUGGGGUACGACGUGAAUGUUCCUAAAUUUGAGUACAAUGAAGAUCAACAAGAAAUCAGCGAUAUGAUCGAAGAGUUGAUUCAAACCCGUAUUCGGCCAGCGAUAAUGGAUGAUGGUGGGGAUAUACAGUACCGUGGGUAUGACCCGGAGGCCGGUACCGUCUAUUUGAAGCUUCAAGGCGCCUGCAAAUCUUGCUCGUCCAGUGAGGUUACUCUUAAACACGGAAUCGAAUCCAUGCUUAAACACUACAUUGAAGAAGUGGAAAAUGUUGUACAGAUUCUUGAUCCUGAGGAGCAAAUUGCACUCAAGGAAUUUGAAAAACUGGAGAACAGGCUCGGACAAAAUUGA